AUGAGAAGCUUCAAUCCGUUAUUCCUGACUUUAAUCCUCUCAUUCUUACUACGUCUGGAAUGCCAAGCGUUUGUCGUGCCGAAACAGUGCUGGUCCGCAAAGCUCACGUUGUCGGUUGCGGAAAAUGACAACCACAAUCAGAACGAGGACGAAGAGAGCGACGAAAGCAUCGGAGAGUCGCUAAACACUCUUCUCGACAAACAGUUCUUUGAUCCUGAAAAAUAUGACGAGAAUGAUACUGGGCCCCUUGCUUGGUUUGCCAACUUUGUCAAGCGAGACUACGAAUUCGCUGAAACUGUCUACGUGGGCGUCUAUUUGACUGUACUGGUGAUCAUUACACAAGAGGUGUUGCGAAUGCAGCUUUAUGGAGACAAGUAUAUGCCUUUCGCACGUAUAGGGAAUGGCAAUCUCUUUUGA